CGGCGGCGGCGGGGCGGGUUCUUCCGAGCUCGCUGUGCCACCUAUAACCCCCGUGCUCAGCGGCGUUCCCGUCCUGGGAUCCGGGAACGGUUUUAGCCUUUGUAGUCUCUCAAGGGAGGCGGAUGGUAAAGGACAAGCGCCUGCCUCGGAUUGCUGUGGCUCACACCCUUAUCCCCCCCCGGGCCAGAAAUAAACUAACAGUUUAAUGACUCUGAUUAAUGUAACUGCUAUAGGGGGAAAAGGGGAGAGGGGGAAAAGGGACGGCUUAGCUAGAGCACUCCGGGCACGGACUACCACUGUUGUUCGCCUCAGCAGUCUAUCUGCCCACAACAGUUUUGGCAUCCCUGGGUGGGCUUGAGGCUAAAAUCUGCCUUGCCCGGACCCCUCUCGGCGGCCGACGUAUCGCAGCGACGACCGAUGCCCAGCGCGCACCGGUGACUUCAUCGGGGGCCUCGACGAAGACGCGGUUUGGUCGACCCCAGAGGGCACAACGGUGCAACACGCUCUGAAAGUGGAGAAACAGCUGUGGGCGACGGUGCAGAACCGGACCCUUGGAUAAGGGCAGGCGACGGUGCAGAACCGGUCCCUCUGAUAAGGUAGGAACAAUCCAGUUGUCUGGAUUUUUUUGCUUGUUGGUAUCUGGGGACGCCCAGUGUCACCCUAGGAUAUGGGGCAGGGACAGAGUACAGGCAGGGCACGGUGUACACCGUUAGAAUGCAUUCUAGCCAAUUGGGAAGUGUUUGGAUCAGAUCCACUAAUUAAAAGCAAACUAAAAAGAUUCUGUACAGUAGACUGGCCUCUUUAUCUACUGGAAGGUCAGGAGAAAUGGCCUCCGGAAGGAUCACUUAAUUACAGCACGAUCCUUCAGUUAUCUCUGUUUUGUCAGCGUACGGGUAAAUGGAAUGAACUUAUGUAUGCACAGAUGUUUAGGUUGUUAAGAGAGAGAUCAGAUCUUUUGCAAAAGUGUAAUCUGACUCCGGCAGGUCCAGAAGCUGUUACUGGUAUUCCGCAGAACUCCCCUCCGAUUGUAAUGACAGAUCCGGUGUCCCCUUCGGCUGUUACACCCCCACCGUAUAAUGAGAAGGUGCCUAGAGCCCCAGAGAGUGACCCCCCGGUAGGAUUCUAUCAGUUGGUCACAAGUACCAGGAAAGCAUGCAUGGCAGAUGAAGAUAAUGACCAGGCUACUAUCCUGCAAGUUUAUAACCAUGUCCCUUUUAACCCUGUGGAACUGGCAGCCUUUAAAACACAGGCUGGGGAAUUUUCAACAAACCCAAACCGGUUUAUCUCAGUUUUUGAGGGGUGCCUGGCUAGUCACAAGCCUGACUGGAAUGACUGUGAAAUCCUUCUAAGAACCCUGUUGUCUGAGGUGGAGCGAAAUCAGGUUAUAUCUAAGGCAAGGGAGGAAGCACAGCGGAGACAUGAGCGGGACCCAGCUGCCCCCCUUCCUGAUGCGGCGGUCCCACGGGCUGAUCCUAGGUGGGACCCUAAUGACCCCCCGCAGUUCACCCUCCUCUCUUCCUAUAAGGAAUUGCUUUUACAUGGUCUCCGGCACUCAGUGGUUAGACACAAUAACUGGGCUAAGCCCUAUGAAAUUGUGCAAGAACCAAAGGAAAGUCCGGUUGCCUUUUUGCAGCGUAUUCGGGAUACAAUCAGGCAACAUACUAAUGCAAACCCCGAUGAUCAGGCAACUGAGGCAAUUAUUAAGGGCAUUUUUACUAGCCGUGCAGCCCCUGAUAUUAAAAGGAAGUUACAGAAAAAGGAGGACUUAAUGGGCAUGACCAUGGCACAAAUUCUGGAAACUGCAAAUAAGACUUACAGCCUUAGAGAGGCAGAAAAGGAAAAGAGACAAGUAAAAAUGAUGGUUGCAGCAGUACAGGCUGGUGGCAAGAAAAGGUUUCAGGAAGGUGGCAGGGGCAAGGGAAUGAGAGGCCGUGGGCGUGGACGCCCUGGUUCGCAGGAACGGCGUCUGGGUCGCAACCAGUGUGCUAUAUGCCGAAAGGAGGGACACUGGAAAAAUGAGUGCCCCGAAAGGGAAGGUACCCCUAUGAUGGCAGCAGAAAAUCAAGACUAGGGGUGUCAGGGGAGACGGACCAUCC